GGCAGUUUGACAUUCCAGGUGUAAACAGCAAUGUAAAAUUCUGGAUUCCUGGUAAUACUACAGUAUGUGGCGUCUUAAAUUGGGAGGAUACAUCAUACAAGCUCAAGUUUGAAUAUUCUGGAAGUUUUGUGAGGAAAGAUGUCAAGUGGUUGAGAUAGAAGACAGAAGCACGAAGGCACAGAGGGACAACAGCUCUUUGAAGAUGGAUCUGAAGGAGGACUUGGAGGCGGUGGUCUCGUGGCUGGAGCUCCGGCACUGGGAGGAGGUGGACCAUCCACACAAUGCAGAGAGCUCCACGCCGCUUAUCAGUGCCUGCCAGAGGGGCCUGGACACGAUAAUGCACACCCUUCUAGAGCAUGCCGCCGAUGUCACGCUGUGUAACCAGAGCAACCAGACGGCUAUGCAUGUGUGCCAUCCGGAGCUCCAGGAAGAGCUGCUGCUGGCCAUGUUCAGGCCCCUGCCUCCCGAGGCUCAACUCCGACAGGCCUGUUGGCAGGGGAACCUUCACCUGGUGCAGCACUGGCUGGCUCAGAGCAAGUUUGUGGACGUGAAUGCACCAAACAGGGAUGGGUUAACCCCUCUCAUGCUAGCGGUGAGAGAUGUUGACCUAUUUGAAAGUAUGAACAGCCGUCUACCGUGGGAACACAAUCCACUGGGAGUAGUGAAGGAGCUAUUGACAGCUUCUGCUCACCUGGAGGUGUGUGACCACAGGGGAUACUCUGCACUGAAGUACGCCUAUCACAUUAAGUGUUCAUUGAGGGAGGAGCUGGUGCAGAUGGUAAUGGGUGCCCACCACCAGCAAGCACUCAUGUACCUGACCUUGGAGAUGGUGGAUCAUGAGGAAUCGUCUGAGAGUAUCUCAUGUUGCUUCACACCCUGUGCUGUCCUUGAGCAGACAUCUGGCAUUUCUGAGAGUCAACUUCAGUGUUUGGAUGGUGGGCCGCCGUCGGAACAACACCAAAUAAACAGUCAAGAUCACGAGAUCUCGAAGUUUACCAGGAGUAGACCGGUCACACCAAGGGAGAUGAGACACACUGACAAGGUCGAGAGGAAGGAGAACAGUCGAACGAGACUUCUUCCGAAGCUGGCGGACCAUUGCAGAUUAGACAUUACGAAUGCCACUGCUGGUAUGCUGCGGAGUACAGAGCCCAAUGGCAUAUCAGCUGCAAGCUGGACAGACAUGAGCACCAAGCCUGUUCCUCCUGCAUCUCCGGCUCCACAGUCAUCACUACUGAGCCGAUCUGCACCAACCAUCAUGGAGCCUUUCCUUGGUGCAAGUUCCCUUCUUCAUGUGCGGACUAACAUUCACAAUCGAUUGACAAAUUCCAAGGAGACAGAUGAAUGGGGUCAGAAGGGUUCUCCAGAUUCAGAGAAAAUCAGGACUCCAAGAACUUUGGCUCCAUUGAAGAGAGGCUGCAGAAAUAACCCGGUCCUAUCAUGUCUCAGAGCACCACGACCACUCAAACCUAUUGGAUUAUUUCCUCCGUCGUCUGACCACUCUGGCGGGGCAGAUAAGGCAGCCAGAGAGGAUAGAGAAGGAAGCUGUGUCAGUGGUAGACAAGGGCCACUGGGCAGAGAGGACACUAAUAGGGACAAUUGUGAUAAAGAGAGCCUGGUUGACUUGCAUGAACCAAUAUCAAAGGGGUCACCUCUCUUUGAUUAUCAGGACUCAUCUGUGUUUGAGUGUGCAGCAAACCCAGGACAUGAGGUUGACCGUCUGUGUGGUGAGUCUACUGGUGUGAUGUUUGAGGAAGGUGUUUGUGCCAUAUCUCUGUUUGAUGACAAGGAAAACUGUGAAUUUCAUCAUACAGACGUUAACACUGAAAUAGCACAGGGUGACAAAGACCCUCAGAUUGACUAUGCAGAUGAGGCACAUGCCAAGCAGAAGGCUGUCUGCUCUGAAAAUCCUUCAUCAGAGGUAUGCAGAACAGAGCAAUCACAUUCAAAGUCACAUUCCACAACUGGGGACUCUCCAGUGGAUGAAGUCAAAAUUGAAAACUCCCAUGGUGUGGGAGUUGGUACUGAGCCUCCUCUUGAUCCAACUGUAGACAUCAUAGUGUCAAUAGAGGAACAUGUGGUUAGAGCCAACAGUCAGAUGGUAAGAUUGAAGAAAGACAGAAAGGGAAGCAUUCCUUUCCAAACUAACAAUUCUUUUAAUGUCCUGGCAUGUAAAAACCAGAGUAGGAAAAAUCCAACUGUUCCAUUCCAUGUAAAGAGCCCAGAUGGAAAAUCUGAUUUAGUCAACAAAAAUAUGUCUGGCAUUCACACAAACACAGCGCAAGCAAGCACUCGAAAACGAGUUACGGAGUCAGUAAAACCCAGAAGGGGAAGCUCUGACAAGAAACGUCUGAACAAUAUAAGGUCACAAAGUCAAAAGCAUCUCAACCAAAAGGACCAGAAUAGAACCAAACACCUCCCCAAUACAGAGAUUGUAGGACCACCCAAGGCCAAAUCAGCUGUGGAUUAUGUAACUUACAAUGACAUGUUUCACGAGAUCAUGAAUGGAGACAAUGGGCCGGCCAUCUUUGAGAUGUUCGCCACCCCGCUGUAUGACAAACUCAGAAUGGCAAGGUCCUCUGGCAGAGAGAGACAGGUGCAGUCAGCUCCUCCAAUCAAGGACCAGAUUCAAAACACCAAGAACAGGUGUCCCAAGAAGGUGGAGAGAAAGAAAAAGAAACAGACUGAUAAGAGUAAACCGAAAAGAAAUAGGGAGACUGUAGCCACAGGGCAGCCUUGCAAUGGACUAUCUUUGAAAAAAGAUGACACUGAAUCAUUUUCCAAUCCAAAUCAUGCCAGCACCACAAGGAAGCCAGAGGUGACAUCAUCUGUUGAGGUAAAUGAAGAAAUGGAUGCUCCUGAAAGUGAAGAGCAAACACUAAAAGCACAUGUAUUAUCAAUAAUUCAAGAGGCUCUAUCUCAAACUAGCUCCCUGGCACCUAUGCUUGACAAUCAGUCGCAAGGAAAGUGUCUUGGCGCCUCUGCUGAGAAAAGGAAAGCCUCAACUCAGCUCACGGGGAGCAAUCAGGAAGUCCACGAAAAACCUGAGGUGAGGGUUGAUCCGAACACUGAAUGUAAUCAAAGUCCAGACUUCAUCAGUUCACCAGACUGGCCUGCGCAUGGAAAAGUCAACAGUUGGACAUCAAGCAGCAAGGAGCUAACACGCCUGCCUCGAUUUCAGACAUAUGGGGAUGAAGAAAGCGAUGAAGAAGUGGACGAACCUCUUACAGACGAGCUGAUGCAGUGCCUGGUGGAUGAGUUGAUAUCACUGGAGGAGAAAGAAAUAGAGACUGACCAUUCUGAGUAUACCAGAGAUGAUGGGCAGAGAAAAGAAGCUCCACUGUUGACCCAACAAACUUUCCACAAGGCCAGUGGGGUUGUCAACAUGGAAGAGUCCUUUGACAAUGGAGCCAUCACAUGGACAAAAGGAGAAAUCCUGGGCAGAGGGGCGUAUGGAACAGUCUACUGUGGUCUGACUAGCCAGGGGCAGCUUAUCGCCGUGAAACAAGUAAUUCUAGAUGCCACGGACAAGGAGACGGCAGAUAAGGAGUAUGGCUCCCUCCAAAGAGAAGUGGACCUGCUGAAAAGCCUCCACCACACUAACAUUGUUGAUUUCCUGGGCACCUCUUUGAGCGAGAGCAUCAUCAGCAUAUUCAUGGAGUACGUCCCUGGAGGAUCCAUUGCCAGUGUCCUUCAUCGUUUUGGUCCCUUACCGGAAAGGGUGUUUGCCAUCUAUACUCGGCAGAUCUUGGAAGGGGUGGCCUACUUACAUAGCAACAGAGUCAUCCACAGAGACCUGAAGGGGAACAACAUUAUGCUCAUGCCCACUGGCGUGGUCAAGCUCAUCGACUUCGGCUGUGCCCGCCAGCUUAGCUAUCUCAACCAAACCGGCAGUAAUGGCAACCUUCUGAAGUCUGCACAUGGCACGCCCUACUGGAUGGCACCGGAAGUGAUUAACGAGACUGGGCAUGGCCGGAAGUCGGAUAUCUGGAGUAUUGGCUGCACUGUGUUUGAGAUGGCGACUGGCAAACCGCCACUGACUCACAUGGACAAGAUGGCUGCUCUAUUCUACAUAGGGGCUCGACAAGGGCUGAUGCCGUCUUUGCCUGACAACUUCUCCAAACAUGCAAAACAUUUUGUACAAGCAUGUCUGACAAGUGAUCAGCACCUGAGACCAUCUGCAGAGCAGCUGUUGGACCAUCCCUUCAUUAUGCAUGGACGAUGGUUUGACUAAACAUCCCUGUUCAUUUCAGACAUACUGAUUUGACUAGCCAUUUCAGACUAAUGCUAUGUUGGAAUGUAAAUUGAAAAAAACAAACUGCAUUAAAAUGUAAAACAGGGCUGUACAGGAGUAUUGAUCAAUUAUCGUUAUUAUUCGAUUUAUCAGAUCGAAUAAUAAAAUUGAAAGAUUUUUCAAAUAUUUUAACUGUUCAGGUUUGGCUGAGAAAUGGACAGUAAAAUUAUGGGAUCUUUUAUCCUAGAUGCCAAACCUAUUUUUUUUUUUUUACAUAAAGUUAAAUGAUUGUGUAUUAAUGUCAAAAAGUCUCUCACACUCAAAGUUCAUGUAGUGGAAACCUUGGGAUUUAUUUGUACAACUUAACUGAGAGGGUAACGGAGGGGGGCAGACUUGACUGGAUGUUGAUAUGUUCCACUGUAUAUAAACCUCCAACUCUGUGCCCUUGAAUAAAGUAACAAUCUGCAGUUCUUGACCUCAAGUACAAAUUCUGCUCAAUGAAGUAAAUUACUCUUUUACAGAAAUAACCUUCACCCCACAAUCAAAACAAUGCAUAUUGCAGGAAUGCAUGACAUGGAAAAGUAAAACUAUUUUAAAACCCCAUGGUUUCAACACUGAUUAAAUUCCCAAAUAACCUCUUCAUGCGUCUGCACUUAACAAGGGUAAUCCU